AAUAAUGGAGGGUGUGGUGUAGUCAGAUUUGUGCUUGUGGCUUUGUGAGUGUUUCUGGUUUUGGGAAUUAUUUAGUAUAGAGAGUCUGUUGGCUAUGUCUCCCCAGCUGACUGGCUGCGCCCGGUCUCCGUGGGCUUUGCCGCCGACCAAGGAAACAACUUCUUCCUUGGCUCUCUGGCCAUUCAAGGGAACCUUUGCUUAAAAUAUUACUCAAACCCCAUCUUGCCAGUUUCCUACUUCUCUCUCUUACUCAGACUCCCCGCCUCGAUUGCUGUCAAGAUUCGGUCAUACCCUUGGCAUAUAUCCUUCCCCUUCUUUUGGAUCCUUCUUUAGCCCCUUGAAUCCCAGAAAGUCGGUCCCCACAGCUGGGGUAUUCUUCUUACUAUUUCCGGUAAUUUUUUCCUUGGUCAGCUUAUUUUUCAUCAGGGAUGUGAAGUGUUGAGUGUCAGGUGCUUGAUUGAGAGGUACCAGUUGAGCAGCUGAGAGAAAUAUUUUUUAGAUUCAGAGAAGGUGAAGAAGAUCUUUUGUUUGCCAAGAUGAAGUUUAUGAAACUUGGGUCGAAGCCGGAUACCUUUCACAAUGAGGGGAAUAACGUUAGGUAUGUUGCAAGUGAGCUGGCAACCGACAUCAUUGUCACUGUAGGCAAUGUGAAGUUUUAUCUACACAAGUUUCCUCUUUUAUCAAAAAGUGCCCGCUUACAGAAGUUGGUUGCAACCACAAAUGAAGAUAAGAAUGAUGAAGUUCAGAUUUCUGACAUUCCUGGUGGGGCUGCUGCCUUUGAGAUAUGUGCUAAAUUUUGUUAUGGCAUGACUGUCACUCUCAAUGCAUACAAUGUUGUUGCUGCUCAAUGUGCGGCUGAGUACUUAGAAAUGAAUGAGACUGUUGAAAAGGGGAACCUCAUUUACAAGAUUGAUGUCUUUCUCAACUCUAGCAUCUUCCGGAGCUGGAAGGACUCAAUCAUUGUUCUUCAGACUACCAAGUCUUUGUUACCAUUGUCUGAGGAACUCAAGGUGGUUAGCCUUUGCAUUGAUGCCAUAGCUACCAAGGCCUGUAUUGACAUUUCCAAGGUUGAUUGGUCCUAUACUUAUAAUAGGAAGAAGCUUCCAGAGGAAAAUAGAAAUGAUCCAAAUUUAAACGGUGUCAGAAAUAGGCUAGUGCCAAAGGACUGGUGGGUUGAGGAUAUAUGUGAGCUUGAUAUUGAUGUGUAUAAGCGUGUUUUGGCAAAUAUUAAAACCAAAGGGGUACUUUCUCAUGAAGUGAUAGGAGAAGCCUUAAAAGCUUUUGCAUACAGAAAAUUGUCAGGUUUGAGCAAGGGUACAGUCCAUUGCGGAGAUGCAGUAAAGUAUCGAUCAAUAAUUGAUACAAUUAUCUGGCUGUUGCCUGCUGAGAAAGGCAGUGUCUCUUGUAGUUUCUUGAUAAAGUUGUUGAAAGCAGCCAUUAUGCUGGACUCAGGAGAAACGGCCAAAGGACAGCUCAUAAGGAGAAUAGGACAGCAACUAGAGGAGGCUUCUGCAAAUGAUCUACUGAUACGAACAUCUGAAGGAGAAACUCUAAUGUAUGAUGUUGACACAGUGCAGAAGGUAGUGGGAGUGUUUUUGAUGCAAGACCAAGACCAGAAUGCUGAAAUUGAGUUAGAAGAAGCUGAUGAGGUUCAGGAAAUAAGAAGAACAGGAGUAUUUUCAGAUGCUUCGAAGCUGAUGGUGGCAAAACUCGUAGAUGCAUACCUUGCUGAAAUUGCAAAGGAUCCCAACUUACCCCUGUCAAAAUUUGUUAAACUUGCUCAGAUGGUAUCCGGCAUCUCCAGACCUGCUCAUGAUGGGCUUUAUCGGUCCAUUGACAGAUACCUUAAGGAGCAUCCGGGGAUCAGCAAGGGUGAGAGGAAAAGGUUAUGCAAGUUGAUGGACUGCAAGAAGCUGUCAGUCGAUGCGUGCAUGCACGCAGUGCAAAACGAGAGACUCCCUUUACGUGUAGUAGUUCAGAUACUCUUCUUUGAGCAGGUAAGGGUUGCUGCCUCUUCAGGCAGUAGCACUCCUGACUUACCUAAGGGCUCCAAGGAUCUAGCCAGUGCAUCUCAUGGAAGCACAAGGUCAGCUACAACCAAUCCGGAGGAAGAUUGGGAUGCUGUGGCAACAACCGAGGAGCUCAAGGCCCUUAAGAGCGAGCUGGCUGCCAUGAGGUUGAGCAAUGGAGUGGGAGGAAGUGAGCAAAAUGGUGGAGACAGUAAGAACAACAUAGACAAAGCAGCUAUUAGUAAAAUGAAGGGGUUGCUCAAGUCCAAGAAAAUAUUCAACAAGCUAUGGUCAAGCAAAGGAACGCAAGGAGAGAGCAGUACUGGUUCGGAUUCAUCAGAAAGUCUUACUUCUGCCAACCCUGAGGAAGCUAAAUCCACCCCUUGCAGAAACAGGAGGCACUCAGUUUCUUAGUAGGAAUGAAUAAACAUAUAAAAUAGCCUUUUCUUGACCUUUUUGGGCGGUUUUUUGGGCUUUCUUUCUGCUAACUGACAUGAGUAAAUCCAAAAAACUACUAUUCUAUCUUUGUUUGGCAGAAUGAAGCAUCUAUUGGAUG